GUGGGGUUGGACAAUUUGGAAUGCUGCCGUAUAGGAAUUAGUGCAGACCCCACCAGCGUUGUGUGCUCCAUCGGGAUUUAAUAUAAAGCGGUGUAUAACAGUGAAAAAAUGGGACUAUGACUAAAUGUCAAGAAGACUGAACUGGUGACAACAGGCACAGCAGCCAGCCUCAGAAUUGAUAAUGAAGACACUGAAGUAGUGGAUAGCUAUCAUAGCUUCUGCCUUUUAGGAUCGACCAUCAGCAGUCAAGGAUCCAGCCGCCAGGAAAUAUGCCCCAGACUAGCACGUGGUAGCCUUGCAAUGAAGGCCUUGGAAAAGAUAUUCAGAUGCUGUGACGUGUCUAUACCUACAAAGAUUAGAAUAGUUCGGACAAUGGUUUUUCCCACGACACUCUAUGGAUGCGGAAGCCGGACUUUGAAGAAGCAAGAUAGAAAAAAGCAUUGACACUUUUGAACUUUGGUGCUGGAGAAGACUUUUGAGGAGACCAGGGACAGCCAGGAAAACAAACAAAUAGAUUCUAGAACAAAAUCAAUCCAGAAUUUCCACUCGAGGCACAAAUGACCAGGCUCAAACUAUCCUACUUUGGACACAUUAUGCAAAGACGCAGCUCCCUUGAGAAGUCCAUAAUGCUGGGGAAAGUUGAAGACGACGACGACCAGCAGCAGGAAGAUGGGAAACUACUAUCUGAUGAUGUGACUCAUUAUGUUGUACCUGACUGGAAGGUGGUGCAAGAUUACCUGGAAAUACUGGAGUUUCCUGAGCUAAAGGGGAUUGUUUUCAUGCAAACAGCGUGUCAGGCUACACAACACCAAAGGGGCCGCAGACAGUACAAUAAACUGCGGAAUCUAGUGAGGGAUGCCCGUCGUGACUGCAUUAUGUUUUUUAACGAAUUUCAGCUGCUUUCUUAUCUGCCAAGAGAGAGAAGAGAAUCUAUGGAGAAGUGGCAAACCAAGAGUAUUUAUAAUGCAUCCGUGUGGUAUUAUAACCACUUUUCGGGUCAGAUGCCAAUUGUCAUGGUAACAGAUGACGAAGAUUCUAUCCAGCAACUUGGAAGUGAAACGGAAGGCGUCUUUGUGAUUUCGUUCAAGCACUACUUGGACAACUUCUGGCCCGACUUAAAGGCUGCCCAUGAGCUCUUCGAUUCUAUCCUCCAGUCGCAACGUGAACGGGAGAGUGAAAACCAAGAGAAUAAUGGGAAGGAGUACCCUGAGCAUGUCCCUACAGAAAUGCUGGAAGCUGGAAUCAAAUCCAGGAGAUACAUACAGGGGGUCCUGAAUGUCAACAAGCACAGAGCACAAGAGGAAGCUUUUGUGCGGCUUCAAGGAACCAGCAAUAAAGAAAAAGAUCUCAAAACUGACAUCCUCAUUUGUGGCACCAAAGCUCGGAACAGGGCCAUUCACGGUGAUGUCGUCGCCGUUGAAUUAGUGCCCAAAAGUGAAUGGAAGGGACGGACUGCCGCCCUCUGCGAGAAUGAGACUGAAGAAAAGUCAUUGGGGGAAGUUUACAGCGAGCCUAUGCCCACAGGUAGAGUGGUUGGCAUAAUACAGAAGAACUGGCGUGAUUACGUGGUCACUUUUCCAUCCAAAGAAGAAAGCCAGUCACAUGGCAAAAAUGCACAGAAAAUCCUUGUGACUCCUUGGGAUUACAGGAUUCCCAGGAUCAGGAUUAGUACAAAGCAAGCUGAAGCACUCCAGGAUUUCCGGGUCAUUGUGCGGAUUGAUUCUUGGGAAUCAACAUCUGUGUAUCCAAAUGGACAUUUUGUGCGGGUUUUAGGACGGAUAGGAGAUCUCGAAGGGGAAAUUCAGACUAUCCUGGUGGAAAACAGCAUUUCCGUUAGUCCUUUCUCUGAAGCACAGAUGUGUGAGAUGCCAGCUGUUAUCCCAGAGAAACCAUGGAAAGUGACUCCUGAAGAGGAGCUGAAGCGCAUUGAUCUGAGGGAGACACACCUGGUAUUCAGCAUAGACCCGAAAGGCUGCGAGGAUGUGGACGAUGCCCUCUCCAUUAGAACUCUACCCAAUGGAAACCUGGAACUUGGAGUGCAUAUUGCUGACGUCACCCAUUUUGUGGCUGCCAAUUCUUACACGGAUAUUGAGGCAAGAGCAAGGGCAACCACUUACUAUUUAGCGGAUCGCCGUUACGACAUGCUGCCUGCCAUCCUAAGUGCCAAUUUGUGUUCUCUUCUUGGCAGUGUUGACAGGUAUGCGGUGAGUGUCCUGUGGGAGCUUCAUAAAACUUCAUAUGAAAUAAAGAAAGUUUGGUACAGCAGAACGAUCAUCCGCUCUUCCUACAAACUCUUUUACGAGGCUGCACAGGCUCUGCUGGAUGGGGACCCGGCUGCAGCAGGGGAAAUCCCAGAGCUCAAAGAACUAGAUGAAGACACGAGACGACAAAAGCUGGAUGAACUGCUCUGGGCAAUAGGAAAGCUGACGGAUGUCGCCCGGCACAUUCGAGCGAAACGGGACAGCUGUGGAGCUCUGGAACUGGAAGGGGUUGAGGUCAGAGUGCAACUGGACGACAAAAAGAACAUCGAUGACCUCAUCCCUCGGCAGCCGCUGGAGGUGCAUGAGACGAUAGCCGAGUGUAUGAUCCUGGCAAACCACUGGGUGGCAAAGAAGAUCUGGGAGAGCUUCCCUCACCAAGCUCUCCUGCGCCAACACCCACCACCACGGCAGGAGUUUUUUUCUGAGCUCCGGGAAUGUGCCAGUGCAAAAGGCUUCUCCAUAGAUACCCGGUCUAACAAGGCAUUAGCUGACUCCCUGGACAGAGCAGUUGACCCCUCUGAUCCGCUGGUGAAUAAGCUGUUGAGAUCUAUGGCCACUCAGGCAAUGUCUAACGCUGUGUACUUCUCAACUGGAUCUUGUCCUGAGGAAGAUUUCCUUCACUAUGGUCUUGCCCUGGAUAAAUACACCCACUUCACUUCACCCAUAAGAAGAUAUGCUGAUAUAAUAGUCCAUAGAUUGCUGUUGGCGGCAACUGCAAAACAAGAUCAAGCGGGCAGGGAGAAUUUGUUUGGGAACAAAGAACUUGAGGAACUGUGUAGACACAUCAACAACAGAAACCGGGCUGCGCAGCAUGCUCAGAAGCAGUCCACAGAGCUUUUCCAGUGUAUGUAUUUCAAGGACAAGGACCCCGAGAGAGGCGAGCACUGCACAGCGGAUGGGGUUGUCUAUUCAAUCCGAACCAAUGGUGUGCUUGUCUUUGUGCCAAGGUAUGGAAUCAAAGGGGCUGCCUAUUUGAAGAACAAGGAAGGUUUGGUCCUCUCUUGCCAAGCUAACUCAAAGUGUGAAUGGAAACCUGGUUGCCUUCAGCGGUCUUCCAGCAGAAUCAUCUCCACUCCCACAGUGGGAGAUCCUGUUACACUGAACCUGUUUGACCACGUGACAGUAAAAAUAUCUGUACAGAGUUCACGUUACCAUACUGAUACUAUCCAGCUUCAGAUAACAAGCUGCAAACCUUACAAGACCUCAGAACUGGAGGUGGCUCAGAGUUCCCAGAUAUCUAAAACCGAUUUGGUCAAGGAAGUAACAAAGACUGUAGAGGACGCCCAACUGGCUCAAGACAAGGCCAAAACAAAGACCAUAGACAAAGCAUAUGAGGAGUAUCGCCAAACAAAGGGAGCCAGUCUGUACCAUUUGUUGGAGGAAAUCAAGGACUUGGCUUUAUUAGACAUCUCUGCAGAUACUGGAGCAUGAGAUCUCCAUUCAUGUAGUUCUUGUGAAUUUUGGCCACUUUUUAAGUGGCCAAAACUUUUUAAAAGUUUUAAUAUUUGUAGAUAGUUUAUUAAAGUUAUGCUGUAUGAUACAACAUAUCUGCAAAUAAGGGCAACUGCUAUAUUAAGGUUCUUAAGCACACUUGUAGCAGCUCAUAGUGAGUACUGUGCGUUCCAUGAACAGAAACAGUAAAUAUUACCUCAGGGAGCAAAUAUUGACUUGACAACUGUAAAUAAUUCUUACAAUGUUGCUGUCUUACGAUGGUCUGCCUAUAUACUUCACUGUGCAGCCAUAAUUAUGUCAACUAUUUCAGAUUACUUUAUAUCCAGCUUUGAGCACUGAAUGAUUUUCAGUGUGUCUGUAGGCAUAAAUACAUUACAAAGAUA